CGCCGCGGCCGAGCAGCAGAGCAGCAGCCCGGCGUACUGCGCCACCGCGCCGCGCGCCUCCACCGAAACCAAGACGAAGACCACGGCGUCGUGGAAGUGCCCUGUGAUUGUGCGCCGCGCCGUGUGUAAUUUUUGGCGGCCGAAGUGCCACUUCCCCGCCCUGGACCCGCGGAUAGAGUUUCGCUCCGUGCCGACGCGGCGUUGUUGGAGUGAGUGCUGCUGAGUGCUGUGCGCCCAGGCCAGCCAGGCGGCCACGUUCAAGUGCGAAUUGAAAUUGUAGGCAUCUGGCCGCGAAUGACGGCGGCGAGAAAAUGAUUUAAAGUGUGGAGACGCUGGGUGCGCGAGUGUGUUUGUGUAGAGGGGAACAGUGUUUCGCUGCGCGAUCGCAUGCUCUCUGUGUCCGCGUUAGUGAGUGUGUGCGCGCGCGUGCGUGUGUGCGCGAGUGUGUGUGUGUAUGUGUGUGCAAAUAAGAAAUCCUCUCCUGUGACUGUACAGCAAACCAAAAGCCAUCGCGUUUUCCUUUGCCCAGUCCGAGUCGAGUCGUCUGACCGGACAGCGUCGCCGUCGCCAUGAGGGUGCUGCUGCUGGUGCUCGCGGUGGCCGCGGCCGCCUCCGCCGCCAUCAUCCAGCCCAGGCCCGUGGACAACCGGCGGGACCCGCACGACGGCGAGCCCUUCGAGUGGGAGCCCGUCGACGACGACCCCUGGCCCGGCCCCUCCUUCUCCUUCGCCCAGCUGCCGGGCGUGGACGACGUCGGCGUCCUGGCGGACUCGCGGCCGUCGAACCUCGCGGACGCGCGGGUGCGCGCCGCCCUCCUCAUGCAGGUCCUGCGCGCCGUCUUCAACAACGGCCGCCGCGGCCAGGGCGGCCAGGGCGCGCCCGCCAAACCGGUCUCCUCCAACGAGGUGCUCCCGGCGUGGCAGCAGCAGCAGAAGUCUGACAAGCGUGGUGACAGGAACCGCCAGUGAACCCCGACCUAGGCCCCUGUGGCCCAUGUCUGGUGCAUCGUGACCACGUCGUGACACCCCUCCCCUGCCCCCGGCCUGGGGCCAGGACAGCCAGGGGCCAGGACGGCCAGGACGGCCAGGACGGCCAGGACUUGCUGCCGGCCGGCCGCGGCCCUUCAAGGAGACCGUGCGGCAGUCCAGUGCAGUGGGCAGUGUACUCGUGGGGGGAAAAAGGACCACGUCGGUCGGCGAGGGCAGAGAUUGGACUGAUGUCGACCGACUGAGCUUGUUCUGGUCCGGUGGAAAUUUUGUGGCGGUGCAACACUGUGCAACGCAACCCUGCCGCGGCCGGCCGCGGCCCUGCCCUGCGGCGGGCUGGGCUGGCCGAGCGAAACCUGCCCGCCCCGCCCUACCCCAAGGACGUCUCCACCAGUCCCCGCCAACCACUGUGGACAGUGUUGGCGUCA